CCCUCUUCCCCUCGUCUCCUCUCUCUCUGGCUCUUGCUGCUGCUGCUGCUGCUUUAUUUUUAGCUGGUGCAGCCUCCGCUGGGCUGGGAUCCCAUUGCAAGAGAGGAGGAGGAGGAGGAGGAAGGGGAGGAAGGCUGGGAGAGCAGCUGGGCAUCCCUCCUUCUCCUCCUUCUUCUCCCUGGAAGAGGAAGCAGGGGCCACCGACUGACUGGGGCUGCUGGGCGCCCUGCCUCCUCCUCGCUGCGGCAGUGGCAGGCCCUUGUGCCCAUGGCCAGCCCUCCUCCUCCCCUGCUGCUGCUGCUGCCCUGGCCCAAGAAGAGCCCUGCCAGGACCCCAGGACCGCCCCCCCAGGCAGAAGCCCAGCACUGGAUCCAGCAAGUAACUGGAAGAUCUUUUGGUGAUAAAGAUUUUCGGUUGGGGCUGGAAAAUGGUGUUCUGCUGUGUGAGUUGCUGAAUUCUAUAAAGCCUGGAUUGGUCAAAAAGAUCAAUAGAUUGCCAACUCCAAUUGCAGGACUGGACAACAUUGCCUUGUUCUUAAGAGGCUGCAAGGAACUGGGACUGAAAGAAUCUCAGCUUUUUGACCCGGGAGACCUGCAGGACACCUCAAACAGAGCAACAGUCAAGAAUCAUGACUGUACUAGGAAGCUGAAAAACGUUUUAGUCACCAUCUAUUGGCUGGGAAAAACAGCAAACAGCAGCACUUAUUUCAGUGGAGCAACACUGAACCUGAAAGAGUUUGAAGGAUUAUUAACCCAGAUGAAAAAGGACACUGAAGAUGUUGAGAGCCCCAAACGCAGUAUCCGUGACAGUGGCUAUGUAGACUGUUGGGACUCAGAACGCAGCGAUUCUCUUUCUCCUCCUCGCCAUGGCAGAGAUGAUUCUUUUGACAGCCUUGAGUCCUUUGGUUCCCGCUCCCAGCAGACACCGUCUCCAGAUGUGGUGCUAAGAGGAAGCAGUGAUGGGAGAGGAAGUGAUUCUGAAUCUGAUUUCCCACAUCGAAAGUUGCCAGAUGUGAAAAAGGACGAUAUGUCUGCAAGGCGGACAUCCUACGGAGAACCCAAAUCAGUUGUGCCUUUUAACCAAUACCUCCCCAAUAAGAAUAACCAGACUGCCUAUAUUCCGGCUCCUCUCAGGAAGAAGAAAGCUGAACGUGAGGAGUACAGAAAAAGUUGGAGUACUGCUACUUCACCAUUAGGAGGAGAGAGACCUUUCAGCAAAACCCAUCCUGAAACCAUAGAAGAAGAGCAAAGCGAGGUACUGGUACGACCUGAAGAGGACUUCUUGGACUGCUCCGAUUCCACUGCAACUCAUCUGGUGAAGCCUGCUCAGACAGAUAUGGCUCAAGAAGAUCCCUUACGUCAGUCUCCUACACAUUCUGCAAACAAAAUAGCAGGGCCCAGAAAUAAUGAAAAAGAUCCUCAGGAGAUCAGGAAGUUAAGAAGGCUUGAGCAGGCUGGUAUUAAGAUCAUGCCAGCAGCACAGCGCUAUGGCAGCAGUCAAAAGCACAUCUCUGAAAAGUGUGAGCUUACUCCAGACAUCAUCCUUCGCAAAGAAAACCCCUUUAUGUUGUGCUAUCAAGAAAAAGAUUCUGGCUCUGAAGAUGAACGAGAUGAGAAAAUUCCUGACAUACAGAAAGAUGACUUUGCAAUACGCAGAGCAAGGUUAAACCAACCCAAACUUACAGUGCCAUUUAACCAUUACCUUCUUGGAUCCUAUGUAAACAAAGAGCAAGGUAAAGUGGAAGAAGGGAAGAAACAAAGGAAAAAAGAGGAAAGUUCAAGUGGAAAGAAGGUACAUAUGACAACAUUAUCUGAAGCCAAACCAUGCCUGCCAUCUCGAGAUGACGAAUCUGAAGAGAAAGAUCAAGGAAAAGUUCCUGACAUUGAGAGAGAUGAUCUGGCUAGGCGAAAAACUCAGGCUAAUCCCUCCCAACUAGACUUGUCAGUUUUUGUGAAAGCUUCUAUAACACAAGCAGAUAAAGCGAUCUGGGACCGACUAAAGGUUUCAGGGAAGUCCAGUGAUGAGGAGUCCACAGACACUCAAGAUUCAUUGCUGUCCUCUGAAAUGACAGUGGAAUCUGCCAAUCAUAACAGUUUUGCAAGCCACAAAGUGCAAACAUACAAGAAAGCUACCAGCCCCAAGCAGAGGUUUGUGCACUUUGGGCCAGUGACAGAAAUUGAACACCAAAAAUGGGAGCAGAUUUCCAUUACUAGUGCUAUGCCUGAAAACGAAAUGGAAGAGACAGCUAAUACGAAAAAUACUGGGACUCUUGAGGCACCAAGUAGAACUUCAUCUUCAGUUUCUGUGAGCCCUGAAAAGUCCAUUGCUCACACUGAUGAAGUGCACAGGCCUCAUGCUAAUUCCAGUGAAAUACUGUUGUCCAAGGUGGAUAAGCAUAAUUCCUCUGUUCCGGAUGUUUCUGGUAUUUCUCAGAAGCAGAUACCUAGCAGCUUAAGUGAAUGGAAUGAAAGCAGUGAAGAAGAAUUGGAUGAGACUUUCCCAGAUAUUGAAAGAGAUGACAUGCUGGCUAGAAGAUUUGGAACUUUUCAGAAAUCUACUAGCCCAGUUCGCACAACUUGCCCUCCCAUUUCAGUAGUCAGUAGUCGUCCUCCACUGAAACAGGAAUGCAAUGUUACUCUGUGCAGAGAGUGGAAGACUCCACAGAAAGUAGAAAGAACACUAACUGGCAUGAUGCAGUGCGAACACAGAGUGCCUUCACCUGCUUCCCUAAGUUUGGUUCUAACGUGUGAAAAUAACCGUGGGAAGUCAAAAGAUCAAGAUGAGCCCAAAAACACUACAGCAGGAGAGAGACAGUCACUUAAAAAUACAGGGAAAGAUGACAUGAUGGUGAGAAGAACCAGAGCUUUUCUGAAGCAGACUGGACCGAGUGUUAAACAGUUCCUCCCAGUUCCUUUCUCAAAGCAGCUGAAUGGUGAGGAAGCAGCUAAGGAGCUUGUAAAGACUGAACAGAAAGUGAAGAGUGUUACUGUGACAGAUUCAGUGGUCACUGAAAAUCAUCCAAGGCCUUGUGCAGAAACACCUGAAAGGCUUGUAGUGAAUCCUGAGCAUCAGCUGGAAGAAGAUAAAUUCAGUUUCCCUGGUGAAAUUCAAGGGGAUAUGUCUUCUGAUAAACAUAAGGAUGUGCUCGACCCUGAAUCAGUCAGACCUGAAAAUUCAUCUGAGAUACAGGAAGUUCUUGAGAACAACAAAGAAGUUGUGUCCCAAGAAAAUGAACCAAUACAAAUAUUCGGCUCCAGAACUCCUGUGUCUGAUGACGCAGAGAGCGUGAGCAUGUUUGACAUGAGAUGUAUGGAUGAGGCUACUGUGAUGCAGCCACACAGCAAAGCACGCCAUGAGAAGCUGCAGACUAUUCACCACCAGCUGAAAGAAGAUGAAGAUAGAUGGCAAGAUGAUUUAGCCCGGUGGAAGAGUCGACGGAGAAGUGCUUCACAGGACUUACUGAAAAAAGAAGCCGAAAGAAAGAAGAUGGAAAGGUUACUAACUGGAGCUGAGGGAGCCGGUGAGCGAAGGAAGAGCAUCAAGACUUACAGAGAAAUUGUGGAAGAGAAAGAAAGGCGCGAGAGAGAAUUGCAUGAGGCGUACAAGAAUGCCCGGUCACGUGAGGAAGCGGACAGUAUUCUCCAACAGUACAUUGAGAGAUUCACUAUUAGUGAAGCUGUCCUUGAACGCUUGGAGAUGCCAAAAAUUCUGGAGAGAAGCCAUUCAGCCGAGCCAAAUUCAUCAUCCCCACCUAAGGACCCAAAUCCCCUGAGAUAUUUACGGCAACAGUCACUUCCUGCCCCCAAAUACACUGCCAAGGUUGAGGCAAUCAUUGUUCCCACCAGUGGAUCAGAAGCCAGCAUUUUGACAGGCCGCACCUCUCCAAGUAAACCUUUUGUCUCCAAGGCUGUGCCUAUGCUGACACCCAAGCCUUACUCGCAGCCUAAAAACACCCAGCAGGUUCUCAGAACAUUUAAGGUAGAUGGGAAAGUCAGCAUGAAUGGAGAAACCAUCAACGGAAUGGAGGAGGAGCGAGAGAGAGAAUGCACAGCAUUAAUUUUUGCUCCUUCACCAAGUCGAUCGCCAAAGUCCGACUAUGUGGUGGAAGCAGAUGGUGUCUCAGUUGAGGAGAAGCAGGAUGUGACUAGUACUGAACUUGUUCUGAAGCGACUCAUCGAGCACAAUAAACACAGAGAACAGGCUUUAUUAUCUGGCAGAAGAUUGCGCGAAGAAGUGAGUCCAUUAAAAAGCAUUGUAUGUGAGGACUCCCUGACUGAAGAUCAACCAACCAACCAAAAAGAUGAAAACAAUUCAGAAAGGCCACCUCCAGCUUCAGACCACAAAGAAUUCAGCACAGCAGUUUCCUGUGUCAGCUCUACAGUGACCAGUAUGAAGUACUCUUCUCUCAGUAACCAUUCCAAGGAAAUUCAUUCAGAUGAUGAACUGAAGAAACUUGAAACAAGACAGCAGAAGGAUGUGGAUGCACCGGUUCUACAAAAGGUAGAGACCUUGGAAGCUCCUGAACAAGAUGAAGGCAUAAUCUUUCCACUUCUGAAGAAGAUCCCUGAGAUGAAUCAAGUCGUUUUGCAGAAUUCUGCCCCACAAGCUGACAGUGAUAACCAUGACAAGUCAAAUCGUUUUGGUUGCUGGUCUUGGAAUCCUGAAGAAGAGCGAAAGCGUCAGGAACGAUGGCAGCACGAACAAGAACGCGUACUCCAGGAGAGGUAUCAGAAGGAACAGGACAAGUUGAAAGAAGAAUGGGAAAAAGCACAAAAAGAAGUCGAAGAGGAGGAACGUAAAUACUACGAGGAGGAACGCAAGAUCAUUGAAGAUACCGUUGUUCCAUUCACAGUUACUUCAGGCUCUGCAGAACCCUUGUCAACCUCUUCCUCAGUGACAGAUGGCAAUGAGAUUGUGAAUAUGGUAGAAAUGAGUAACUUUGAAGAGGAACACAAGCAAAAAGAAGGCAGAACUCUGAAGAAACUAUUUUGUGAACAAGAUGGCACACUUUUCUCAAAAAACAAGGAAUAUGAACCACAGAAGGAGAAUUUGAGCACUGUAAAUGAAGGCUACGUAGACACCAAUUACCAGAGAAGAAAUGAGAACAAUCACCAGAUAGCCAUGCCAGAAUGUAUGCCGCCCACCAAAAUGACUUUGCCUUUGUGUCAAGAAAUCCCACAGAAUCAGAGUCAACAAAGUCCAUGUGUUUCAGACAUCAGACAGAAAAAUUCACCAUUGGAACAUAAUUUAAGGCUACCAGUCAAUUCUGCAAAAGAAACUUGGAGGGUUGGCUGUCAAGAGAGGUCUAGAACUGGGCCAACACCACCAUGUUCGCCUUCAAUUCAAAGCCAGUCACCCAACAGGUAUAAAAGGUCUAUCAGUGGCAAGAAGCUCUGCUCCAGCUGUGGUCAGCCUCUUGGAAAAGGCGCUGCCAUGAUUAUUGAAUCACUUGGUCUUUACUUCCAUAUUCAGUGCUUCAGGUGUGGAAUUUGUAAAGAACAGCUUGGAGAUGCAGCAAGUGGAACUGAUGUCCGAAUUAGAAAUGGUCUCCUCAACUGCAAUGAUUGUUACAUCAGAUCCAGAACCGCUGGUCAACCAACAACUUUGUGACAUGGCUGUCAGUCUUGCUUCCACACUUUUUUCUGCAAGAAGGAGCAACACCUCACUGUUCCUGGAUAAUCACAUGUAAGAGCUUAUAUCCAUAGACUUCCUAGCUCUCAUCUCAUCUUGAAAGGCUGGCGUAAAAGCAAAGACUUCAUCUGCUACUUUCAAAUGCAAUACAUGGAUCUUACUUCCUUAAUUCUCUUGCAUUACAUGUAUGAAGUGCAUCCUUGGACAUUUAGCUUCCUACCCUCCCAUGAGAGUGUGUUCCACCUUACCAGUUACGUUUGGUUUCAGAGUCUGCUCUUUUGAAAGUAACAAGGAAAUGAAGAUGCAAUAAACCUGUUCUGUUUUAAUAUAACUAGGAAUUGAGGAUUUUUAAGUUUACACAACCUUUGUAGAUGUUCUAUAAUAUGCCAAUAUAUUAAUCUAUUUAGUUGCAUUUGAGGAAGAAAAAUAUUAAGCAGCACCCCAGAAUGCAUAAUUCUCUGUUUAUUACUUAAAGUGGUAAUUUUUUUUAUACAAAGACACUAGUUUGAUAAAGCAUACUGUAACUCUGAAACAUUUUACUGUAUUACCUUCAGUGGAGGGUGGGAAUUCUUUAAAUAAAUUAUUGCACCUUCAGUCGUGCAACUUCUCUGUGCAUAAAAAGAUGCUCCCUGUGAUAACACUCAAUGAAGGCAUUUUCAGUAAACAUUUGGUGGAUAACACUUGUGGGUAAACAUUUGGUGGUUGUAGAAGUUCCCAACAGGGGUGGCUAACCAGCAGCCAGUGAGCUGGAUUUACCUUCCAAAGUAAUUUUUCUUGGCUUCUUGGUAACUCUAGUCAAAUUUAAUCACUAUCUAGUAAAGAUUGGUGUUUUACUUGUUGGGGUGGGUUGAACCCAGUUGUUAUUCCUUUGGAGUUAAGAUACAAUGGCCAAAGCUUUUGUAAGAAAAGUUACUUUUCUAAGCUCUAGUAAUGCCCCAACCAUGCAUUUAUAAUGUAACUGUGAAACCUUUGCUGCUGUCUGGUCAGCUUACAAGGGAGAUUGACUAGUUGCAAACAGAUUAGAUUAAAUGUUUGUCCUCCAGAGCAGUCCUCCUCACCCAUGUGCUUUCCAAAUGUGUAUGACUAUAGCACCCUUCAUCCCCAGCCACCAUGGGGUUAUGGGAACGAUAUUCUACACAUCUGGAAGCUGUCAAGUUGGAUGCUUUGGAGAACAGAAUGCCUCCUAAGAUGCAAAACUUUGUUCCCCUGGAAUAAUAAGUAAGUACACACCUUUAAUACUGAACUAUUUCUUUCAAAUCCUUCCCACAAUGUGGGUGGAUGUAACAGCACUACAGACUGAGGCUGCCCAUUGGCAAACAGAGGAAAAGAUGCAAAUGUGCAGUAAGGACGCAAAGUUUUGCUCAGUAUUAAAGGGAAGGAGAGGAUUAUGCAUGUGCAUGAAAACUCGGUGGAACAUGGAUUGUAGACACUUUCAUUCUCAUUCAGAGUGAAGACACAUGAAGUUGACUAUUCAGUUGAAUAUUCAGUUAUUGGUACAACUAAGAGACUGCUGGUUCAUUUUUUUUCUGCUUUCAAUAAUGUUGCUACCUGUGGAGUCAUUUACAUUGUUUAAAAAAAAACUUCUGUACCCCAUUGAUAGCUGCACAUAUUGGUCAAAAAAGCCCAUAAAAAUGUACGAUACUAGUCCUGUGAUUUCAGAUGCAACCUUAAGCACACAUACAAUACUUGGAAGUCAGUUCAGUCAAUGCCAAUGGGAUCUCUGUCCAAGUAAACAUACUUAUGUUGAAGGUGGGAUUAUACAAAAGACCUUGGGGCAAGAGUUCACAACCUUUUAUGGCAACUGCAGAAUGGACAAAUGGUUGAUACUAGUUCAUGUGUGUUGACUCUUCACAGUCCUCUGCUUCAUAAGCUUUGCAGCCAAAUAUUCCAAGUAGAAGCAAAUCUGGGAGUGCUUAAGAGCCAGUGGUGUAUGGAAGAUGUUUCAAUGCAGGACGUUAUCAGACAAGGGAAAUUGUAUAAUCGAAUGGCAAUCUGAACGCAAUCAUGGGGUUUAACGUUAUUGCGUAAUAGACUACCACAUGCAGUUUCGAGCAAUGGGAAGUCAGUCCGAAUGCUAUCAUGAGGUUUUACGUUAUUGUGUGAAGAGGUGAUCACGCAAUUUCAGGCAAUGGCAAGCUAUUUUUGGGCAAUGGGAAGUCAGUUCGAACACAGUUCGAUUUCACGUAAAUUCGCUGAACUAGCAAAUUCACGUGAAUGUGUUCUGGCCCCGCUUUCUUUUCAUUCAAAAUUAAGAGAAAUUCCUUCCAUGUGAUAAACUCCAUGGUCAGCAUGUACAUGCCACUCUAGGAUAGUUCUUGCAUUCCUUUAGCACCAUAAUAUCCAUUUCCUCAUGACUGACUCCUAUACUUCUGUGGUAAUGUACAUAUUGAGGCAGGGGGAACCCAUGUGAGUGGGUAGAUCAUGUGUUUACUUCCCACAACAACAACAACAGAGGUAGCCACAUAUGCUUUUCAUUUCAGAUCUGUAAGAUAACCUUCCAGAGUAGCAUGAAAACAAACCACAAGGAAGCAGAAACAGGAACAUAUAAUAUAAAAAAGCCUACUUAUAACAAUGGGCACUUUUGAAUGAUGAAAUGCAAGACAGGUUCAAGUAUUGAAUCUGAAUUUGAACACAUUCAGUUCAAAUGCACUGUAUGGGUUUCUAUUAAAUACUUUACCAUUGGCAAUGGAGCUGGUGUGACUACCAGAAGCAGUACACCAGGUUUAGAUGACAUGCUGCCAUUGUAAAAUAGUGGUUUGUGAGCCGUAGUUUGGUAUCUUCAGCAAGCUGAUUAAAGACAACUGAGUUGAAAGCAUAUGUAAUUACGAACAGAACAUGAUCUUUAAAAUGGAAAUAUAUAUUUAUGCUGCCUUAAGAACAUUAACAAGAAAGAACUGAGAUUGAUUGAGAUUCCUUCUCGUAUUUUGAUUAUAUUUGCACAUCAAUUGUCUCUUGAUGUGUUAGCAAAAAUAAUUAAAUAAAUGAACCAGACAUUUCUUAAAUAAGCAAUAAAGUGUCACACUAUCAGUAACUAUUUAUUUAUACAUCUGGGCAGAUCUUGAUUUACAGUUGUAUGCACAUAAGAAAAUUUCUUCUUUGUCAUUCAAAAUCUAAUUGUAUGGUGGUGUUGUCUAUUUUAAAACAUAUCAUUGUCUGAUAGAAAGUUACACAUUUUAUUAAAAUGGUGCCUUAGAAAAUAACAAAACUGUUGCACAGUCACCAGUGACAAAUGGAUGUAAUAAUUGUUGGGUUGUUUUUUUUAAAAAAGGGUUAAUUUCCUAGGACAGAGAAUGGCAGAGAAUGUUGUUUCUCAUAUUGUAAGCCGCUGUUGGCGUAGUUUGGUGGGGACAGAUUUGCAUAAUGUUGAUAUUUGUGUGGAUUUUGCUGUAGUCAAAAUACCUCUUAGCAAAACAAGAAAUGCACAUUACAAAAACUAUAGCUAGACAUUGUUGGUAGUUCCUCCGAAAAUACACCUUUAAUUUAUCCCCAUUAAGGCAAACAAGUAGCCUUCUAGAUGGUGGACUGCAACUCCCAAAAGUCCUAACCAGCAUAGCCAGUUGUGAGGAAUGAUGGAAGUUGCAACCCAAUAGCAAUGAAAGGUCUGCCAUCACCCAGGCAAAUAUUUGCAACCCAUGGACGGGCAGAGCACUACUAGUAUGUUGUGCAAAAAUGGUCCAUCGCAUAGUGAAAGGCUCUAAGAAACUGAGAGUACAGAUAAGGUUGUCUACUGUGCUUGUACAUACUUAACUGCUCUACCAUUCUAGCUUUUUCCAAUCAACUUAGCUAGAGGCAGAUCAUGCUGCUUUGUCUCUGCAUAGAGGGUUACUAGAUGCAGAAAUUUAGAUGUAGACACUUUCCAAGGAGUUUUCCCAUUGCAUUUCUGCCUGAGUGACUAAUCUGGACUUGCCUUCUUUCAGUCAAGGGGCACAGCCCUCUCAAUGAUUCAUACAGAAACAGAGGGGAUAUAUUCUUCUUGAGCUUGUUAAUCCUUACUCUCAAGGACUAUAAAGGAGACUUUUCACAAAGGGGAAAAUAUUGGGACUCCUUUUCAUAACAUGGUGUCUCUAUGAAAAUUCAGCCAGAAGGCAUGCUGAUGUUCUAACACUGCAGCUUUCAGUGGGAGACCAAACCCUCUACCCCAGCAUACUCCCAUGCUCAGUUCUACAAGUCAUCUUUCAAAUGGCGCAGUUCAGUCUGAUCCCUAUUAGUCAUGGGGACCAUUUGGCCUGAAACAAUUUAUAAGACAGGAAUCAAAAGCAGUGACAUAGCAAUUCUGGCCUUCCACACCUGUGGCAGCCUGGAUGAACCUCUGUCACACUCAUUGCAUCCACACCUCCUGUUACUAGCGUUCCAAGAUAGGGAGAAAGAGUGUUGGACAGAACUGUACCUUGUACCUUUUAAAAUGUGACAUAAGGACUGGACACUAACAUGGGUUUGUACUCUGUGCAAAUGGCAGUAUGUCAUUCUUUUCUCUUGACACCAUUUGUAUGUACUCUGGAAACUUGUUUGGUUGUGUGAUGCCACCUGACUAUUGCACCAUUGAUCUAUAUGCAUUGUUGGCUUGGACGCAGAUUGUGGAUGAGUGUUGAGCAAUGGCAGAGAUGGCCUGUGGGUUUGUUCUGAUGUCAAUGCACACUUACAUGCAUAUCUUGGCUGUAUGCUGACAUAUGGAAUGUGGUUUAACACCUUUGAUCUCCAUGGGUAUUUGGCACAUGUAACAUUUGUGCACAAUAGAGCUUGUGUAACACCCAUGGAAACUGAUGGGGCUUAAGGCCACCUAACUGAAUAUAGUCAAGUGGAGAUUUUGGUCAAGUGGACAUUUCGGUCAUAGAACAUGAACAAGAGCAAAAAUGUGAAACAUUUGCUCAGUGGGACCCAUCCCAACAUUGUGAAUACAGUAUCUUGAUUUUGCAUUUGUGCCCAAAGGUUAUUAAUACUCUUUGUGCAAAAAUGAUCCAACUUUUAGCAACACCAAAUACACAGUGGAAUCCUAUCCACGCCUACUCAGAAGCAAACUCAAUUGUGAUCAGUGGUGCUUACCUACUAGGUAAGGGAGUUUAGGAUGAUAGACUUAAAGUCCUGCCAGUUUUCAGUAAGAGCAUAGUUAUAGCCAGAAAGGUCUAGGCGAACAGGAUUUUUCAUGCACAGCAUUUUGAUAUGCCAAUGGGGUUUUAUGGCUGGGCCACUUAAGAAUGGAAGUCAUUUUUUUCCCAUGUACUGUAACUAUAAAAUGACAAGAUGGCAGCAGCUAAGUUUACAUGCAUCAAAACCUGAAUGCACAAGCACUCAUGAUUUGCUGCUUCAGUUUCUCCACAAUGAUUAUCAUUGACAGAGAGAAUCUCCCCAGUUCUUCUACUUCAUAUUUCACUUGAAAUUAUUAUACAGAAGAUUUGUUCAUGCUUCAGCCCUCAUUUUUUCCAUGUCUGUUAUAAGUGUGACAAAUUCAUUAGAGGUGUUUGGGGAAGGGUUGGGGGCGAGGGCUUGCAGGGAAGAAAUAACACUGUACUACUAUGUUGAUUUGAAAUGAUAAAUAUGUGUUUCCAAGGGUGGUUUACUGUUGAUGCGCCAAUAUAAUACAUGUAAUGGGUUUUUAAGUGUUCAAAAAUGUAUUUAGCUUUUUCUUUAGUGAGCAGACAUAACCAUGUCACAAUUAUUUUUUUAUAUAUCUCAUUCACAGAACUUCAUAGUGGUCUUUUAUUCUUGUUACGUAGAAUUAAUUCCAUAUCCACAGUAGCUAUUGAUAUGUAGUAUAAAAAUUGGUGAGCCAAAAGAGGGCUACUUUAUAUGCAAGAUCACCAAAGGACAGGUGUCCUGUUUGGAUUAAUGUUGAAUACCAAUUACACUAACCUACACUGAUGACGAUAUUUAUUCAAAAAUGCCUCUGGAAAGUCAGAAAAUUUGUCUAAAAUGCAACAGCUUUUAUAGUAAAUGUUAUGUUUAUAAAUAAACAUUUAUUAAAACGGU